AGGCACACAAACACUCUGACCUCCACCUGUGUCCACCGACAUGGAUAAACUCACCGUGAUAUCAGGAUGCCUCUUCCUCGCUGCGGACAUCUUCGCCAUCGCCAGCAUCGCCAACCCGGACUGGAUCAACACUGGAGAAUCAGCUGGCUCUCUGACUGUGGGCCUGGUCCGGCAGUGCCAGACCAUCCACGGUCGAGACCGGACCUGCAUCCCGCCGCAGCUGCCCCCAGAGUGGAUCACCACGCUCUUCUUCAUCAUACUGGGCAUCGUCUCCCUCACUGUCACCUGCGGCCUUCUGGUGAUGUCGCACUGGCGCCGUGAGGCCACCCGAUACGCCCGGUGGAUCGCCUUCACAGGGAUGGUCCUGUUCUGUAUGGCUGCUCUUAUAUUCCCAAUCGGUUUCUACAUCAACGAGGUUGGAGGACAGCCAUAUAAGCUGCCUAACAACACAGUGGUGGGCUCCUCCUACGUGCUCUUCGUUCUGUCCAUAUUCUUCACCAUAGUGGGUCUGCUGUUUGCUGGGAAGGUGUGCCUGCCUGGCUGACGUACCCUCCUCCUCCUCCUCCUCCUCCUCCUCUUCUUUUCCACUUCUCCCUGGCUGUGUUUGAAAGUAUCGUUGAAGUGCAACAAAACUGAGAAGCACCUGACUGUGUUUUUUUUUCCCCUUUCGGGAUGAUUUGUCACGACGCUCGUAACUGGCGCCCGCAAUCUGCGCGAUCCUUCCAUCCAUCUGCUUGUUCAGAGAACGACCCCUUAUCUUCGUCCGUCCUGAACAAUGAGUGAAGUGAAGUGGUGAACAGACAGGAGAAUAUUAAAAAAAGAUGACGAAAAUAUAUAAACAAAACAUCAGGAGUUUCGAGGGAGCCCUGCGGCACUAUCCACCAUCAUGAGGUUUAAUGACAUUUGACAAGUACGCCUUGCUCUGCUCAUCCCACCAACACAGAUGCACGUACAGACAUUAGACAAGUCGGGCCUGAUACUGGUUGAAGCAUCAAAUAUCGGCCUCUAUUUUGAUGGAGGUUCUUCCUGGACCACAGCUACAUGGAACAAUCUGUAAAAUGACGUUUCAUUUUUUCUUAUUUAUUUGUUUAAUUGUUCAAUUACGUUUUUUGUAAAGGUAUCUUUUAUUAUAAGGCCUAAUGUAUCCCAAGAGUUUCCCCACCACUGAUGUGUCUGGUGGAUCACCUUGCCUUAAAGAGCUGUUAACCUUAAAACGACGACAAUGUUGUUGAGUUUUCGUUGAAGGUUUCGGUGUCACGGGAUCAAAUUUAAAAUUCUGGACAUGUGUCCAAAAUGACUGGUCAACGUUGAACAAGUCAAACUCUGCUUCAGGAUGAGCGGUGAGCUCCAGAGAAAGACUGACAUCAACAGGUCUCUGUUACAGCUUUGCUGUUUUUAGUGAUGUAGUGAAUGUAUUAUUCACCUUUUGAGCAUUUCCUGUUGUUUAAACACUGUAUCGAGAAAUGACUGCAUCUUUGACUGGUGUGUUUUAUACGGUUGGGACGUUGAUGCCUACUUCAUUUCUGUGUAAGUGAACAGACAGCCAGUCUGUGUUGUUUUCUAGAAGCACUGUGAUGUUCGUGAAUGAGCAUGGAAGAUCUCAUUUCAUUAAAAAUGACUCAUUGGAA